AUGGGAAGCGGAGCCUCGGUUGCCGAUGCAAGGAGAGAUGCAGAACAGAACCCCGAACCUCGUUGGCAUCUGGGAGCAGUAGAGGGAGCUCCUCAAUACCACUCUGUUACCACGGAGGAAGGUGUUGAACCCCAGGCAGAAAUAGCCAAAAACGCUGGACUCCAGAAUCCGAAAGAUGAGAGUCGAGAGGAGGCUGCCACAGGACCUGGGGAGGUGCCACUCGCGUUUGAGAGUUUUCUUCACAACAACGGAAUCCUGUACAGGUGCUUCAGUCACCACGGGAAAAGGGUCUAUGUUGAUGAGUCAAAAGUGAUGGGCCAGACCCAAGGCCAACAGGGCAGUACUAAUGAGAACAGCGGGCGAGCCAUGUUCCAGGAUGACUGGGCUAGCAGAGUCUACAUACAGGGAACAGGAUUUGUCAUGACCUAUAUAUUUGAGGAGAGAGCCAAUAUCUGCCGGUAUUUUGAUUCCCAGUCUGGACUCUGGCUGUUACUGCCCCUGCAAUGGGAGAUGAACGUCGAUUUUGUCCAUCACAGGAUUCAGCAAGUUAUGAAAGCUCUCCCAGGUCUGGUGGAUCAGAAGGAGAUUACUGCAGUGCUCAGACAGUGUAACUACGACCCUGAUGAGGUCAUCUCUGUUUACCUGACCAUAUUUGGGGAUUUUAUCCUGCAACCACCUCAAGGAACUCAGACUCAAUCAGACUUAAACUCUUUCCGAGUUGCUGAACUGGAAGCUGACAAACCGGAGGCCAGGGAGAAAAUCAGAGCGCUUCUGAGCCGUAGGUCCACCACACCCCCAGUCGAAGCACCCCCUAAACCCCCUGUGGACCCCCAGAUACUCCAGCAGGUGAGCAGGUUAACAAGGGACCUGAAUGUGUCAAAUAGGCAGCUGUGCUCCACUGUGCAUAACACAUUGAUGGAUAUGGAGAACCAGCUGAAGCAGUUCAGUGCAGCAGCUGAGAAGAUGGCUCUGCAGGAGCAGCAGUCACUCCAGGCAGUGGAAGAGCUGCGCUCCCUCUACCACAAGGAAACAUUAGAGAGGAAGACCCUCUAUAACAAAUUUGUGGAGCUGCAGGGGAACAUUCGUGUGUUCUGCCGCUGCAGGGCUCACAUGGGCCCCACAGGCUGCUUUGGGGUACCCACCGACCAGGAACUGGUGGUUAUGCAGAAAGGAAAUAAGAAGUUCCACGUUGAUAAGGUCUACAGCCCCAGUGCAUCUCAGGAGCAGAUGUUUGAGGGGAUGAUGCCAGUCAUAACUUCCUGUGCUGAUGGAUAUAACAUCUGUAUUCUGGCAUACGGCCAGACAGGCUCUGGGAAGACCUACACAAUGAUGGGCACCAAAGAUAAACCAGGGGUCAAUAUGAGGUCAGUUAGACAACUGCUGCACAUAUGCAAAGAGAGAGAAAAGAUCACAUACACACUAAAGGUCUCUAUGUUAGAGACCUAUAAUGACAACUUGAACGAUCUGCUGUCCAAAACGCAGAUGGGUCAUAUGGAAAUUCGCAUGCAGGGGAAGUCCGUCAGCAGACCUGGGCUAACAUGGGUUGAGGUGAAAACACAGGGCAGUAUCUUGGAUGUUACGGCGACAGGUGAAAAAAACAGAAAGAUUGCUUCUACCAAAAUGAACUUUGAAAGCUCGCACUCUUACCUCAUCCUGACCUUGACUGUGGAGAGCUUGGACAGCAUCUCUGGUGUCACGUCUCGGUGGCUGACCCUGUGUGACCAGGCCGAAUCUGAGCGCAUCUCCAAAACCGAGGCCAAAGGUCAAAGACUUUUGGAGGCAGCUGCCAUCAUCAAAUCCUUAAUGUCUCUCGGACAGGUAUUCAGUGCCCUGCACUGCAAUGCUCUGCAUGUCCCAUUCAGGAACAGUAAACUCACCCACUUACUGCAGCCGUGUCUCAGUGGAGAUGCCAAGGCCUUUGUGUUUGUAAAUGUCAGUCCUGAUGUGAGAAACCUGGGUGAGACCCUCAGCACUCUCCAGUUCGGUUCGUCCAUCCAACAGGUGACGCUGGGGAAAGCCACACAGCACGUAACUCCAUCUAAACCCACCAAGGUGGACAAGUAA